UCGUACAUCAUCUCCGAUGAUGAGCCUGCGCGAUAACGAUUACGAAACGACGGCGACGGUUACGUCAUGACACAUCGCAUCACAUCGCCGUCAGCUGAUCACCCCUUGCCUUGUCAAAGUCCGCACGGUAGCAGUAGCGACGGCGGAGAGAGGAGAAGGGGAGAGGCAGAAAGAGUAGGGUCCAGAUCAUGCGGAUUCCCGUCGCAUUCUUCGGUCGAUCAGCGGAGCAAGAUAGCCAUUGUCGAAUUUCUCAUGGUGGCGAUCACCACGUAUCGCGCCGUUCCGGUUCUCAGGGCCGUGAUACUUGGCGCGCCGGCAUCCGGUAAGGGCACCGUGUCCACGAGGAUCGUCCAGCAGUUUGGCGUCGCGCACAUUUCCAGCGGCGACAGACUGCGUCUCCACGUGUCCGUCGGCACCAAUCUAGGCAGGGAAGUGAAGAAGUACAUGGAAAAUGGUAGCUUCGUACCAGACGACUUGAUGAUAUCCUUCAUCGGCGAGGAGAUCCAAUCGGUGGCGAAUCGGAAUUGGCUAUUGGACGGAUUCCCGAGAACAUUGACGCAGGCGGAGCGAUUGCAGAAGUUACAGCCGAUCAAUCUCGUGGUGAAUCUCGUGGUGCCCACCUGCGUCAUAUUGGAUCGCAUCAAGAGUAGAUGGGUGCAUCUACCCAGCGGCAGGGUCUACAAUAUUGGCUUUAACGAUCCACGAGUGCCGGGCAAGGAUGACGUAACGGGCGAACCGUUGAGUCAGAGAGAGGAUGACAAACUGGAAGUUGUGCAAAGAAGACUGCAAGACUACACGAUGAAGACUGAGCCGGUUGUGCGGUUUUAUCGUGAGAUUGGAAUAUUGAAGGACUUUCACGGUAAUACUACUGACGAAAUGUGGCCAGAAAUUAGAAAAUGUAUAGCACAAUACUUUUGAAUUUUAGAUCAAUUUUUUUUAGAUAAAUAUAUUUAAAUGUACGCGGAUAAGAUCGUCUCGGAUAGAUCCUCCCUCUUUCUCUUUGAUCCUUAAAUAGGUCUAUUUAGAUCUGUGUUUAAAUCUGUCUGUGAAACUACAUCUUCAAUCUAUAUAUAAUUCUUACAUUUUUAAAAAUUAGAUCCACACGUACACAGAUAUAGAGAAAAAAGAUUACAUAAGGUCCGAGAAUUAUAUCUAAGAAUAUUUGUACAUUAUUACAUAUCGAAAGAUUGAAAUAAGCAGAUCUAUUUAAACCUAUUUGGGAUCUCUCUCCAAUUCGCAAAGCGUGCACAUGAUCUCAAAUAAUAAGCGCUCUUGUUCUGUAAUAACACAAAAAGAACGCGUAUUAUAACGUUGAACGCAAUUUGCUUUUUCAUUCACACAUACAACAAACGCACACACGCAUGAAUCAUAUUGCUUGCAUAUACGCGAUUUCGUAUAUCGACAAUAAUAGAUGUUUUCAACGCGCAACGCCAAGAUAAUCCAACGAGAUUUUAUAAUUCAAUAUUGAAUGGCAACGAUAAUCAUAUCUAUAAUUAGCGGGCGAGAAUUACAUAUACUAUUAGCCAAUUAUAUAUAUAUAUAUAUAUAUAUAUAUAUAUAUAUAUAUAUAUAAAAGCAGUAACGAAUAUAUGAAGUGUCCCAAAAGAAUUAAAUGUUUCUUUAAUAAAGGAAUUUUUUUUCCUUAGAAUUAGUGAGAAAUUGUCGAGGCAUAAUUUUUACGAGUGAUUGAAGAAAACUUUUCGCGAUUACAUUUAAUGGAAUACUUUCAGGACACCCUGUAUACGUUUACCGUAUUAAUUUUUCAGUUAGGAUUUUGCAAAGCAUUGAAAUAAACGCGAGCUAUACGUCGGUAAUUUUUUGUGAUUAUCAUUUUUUAUGAAUAUAAUAUGUAUUUGCGAGCUAACUUGCUUGACCAAAGUUCAAGAUAUAGUACAAAGUAGUGAUUCUAGAAUUAAUCGCCAUGUAAUCACCACACAUUUCUCUUCUUUAUUUCCAACGUAUAUAUAACGUUAUCAAUGUAAGAGAGAUAUAUAACAACGUUCAAUAUUAUGUAUACAGUUUUAACAAUAUAAGUACAAUAUACGCAUAUACAUAUGCAAA